CUUAUCAACAGUAGCCUUGACUUUGUACAUGAAGAAAGUAUUCUACACAACUGUGAUCAACUAGUGAUACUCAAUACGGGAUAGAGUUCUCAAGGAAAAAAGCAACACAAUGAAACAAUUAGUUUCAACAUUUGUGUUGUUUUUCAUUUUUCAGUCAAUACAUCUAAGCCAGGAGAAAAACAUCGUCAGAAUGGUGAUAGAGAAAAUGAGUUUUCUUAUCUCUGUUGAUCGCGGACAAUUUGGAGGUAGAUGUUCAGCUACAAUUCGAACACCAAUGAUGGCUCCAGGGACUCCGUUCAAUAAAUCCCAAGAAAUGAACAUCUCGAACUGUGAUCACGGAAAACUGCAGUUCAACGUGAGACACCCAAAAUAUCCACCAGACCCAAAAGUAGCAUCGGUGGUUGAUGUCUCUUUCGAGUCUUUUAAUGUUGACAAUCCACCAACAUGCAGCAUUCCUUGGAACUUUACAUAUCGGUGGCCAACAGGGAAGAGCUAUUCAGCUUUGCCUGGCUGUUUCACAAAAGUGGUUCAACCUGCAUUUGACUUUUACCUGGAGCACUCUUUCUUCUUUAAAAUAUAUGACUGGAAGGGACAUUUUGAAAAUAUCAAUGAAACUCCACAGCAUUUGUAAACUUUGGCGUGAAAAAUGUCUUUAAAAAACGUUUCUUCACUUAAAACAACAUUGGAAAUGAAUUUUUCCUAUAGUGAAACUCAUGUUUUGCGAUAAGCGAUAUGGGCUUAUAUUUUUCUCAUUUGAUAGUGUUAAACGUAAUGGCAAAUUCAUUGUUAAAUAAUGAUAUCCAAUUUAAAACUUCUCCGACCUUUAUUCUCAAAGUAUUUCUAUUCAUUAUAAUAAUGUUAUUUGUCCUUUAAACUUUGUAAAUUAUAUGAAAUAAAAAGAAAUUUUUUGAUUGUA